ACUCCCUCGCAGAGACUGGCUUGAAUUCAAGACUUAAAACUCACACAGUAAACAUCUCCGAGGAUUUCGCUUUCUCAUUCUUUCAUACACAUACACUCAGACGAGGAAGUUAGCAGAUAAAAGGAGAUAAAUCUGGGGAAAGAAGAACAUAAUAAUGGAUGUUCAAAACAGAAUAACUUUUCAACUUCAAGCCUGGACUGUCAUACUGCUUCUUGGCACCGUUGCAAAAGAUCUGGCCAUGGAGCUGAAGGUAUCAGGUGAUCACACAGUGUAUACGUGUCCAGAAGGACUUAAUGUCACCUUCAAAUGCAGCCUCUCUGGACAUCUCAGGGACAGGCAUGACUUCUUGGCCAAAUUAUGGUACUUCAGCCACAGCAAGAAUAACACAUGCGCGGAGAAGGCUCAUAUCCGUAACACUUCUUUCAAAGACCACCAUACUCAUUAUAAAGGACAUGGAGUCUACGUGAAUUCUGAUCAUAGGGGAACCUUCUGGGUCACCCUGACUAGAUUGGUACCAGAGGACCAGGGAACUUACUGCUGCGUUGUGCAUGAACUGCACAGAUCGCCAGAAAGCAAGCUACACCCAAGGAUCGAGUUAACUGUACAUGGGACCAUGGAGCUCAAGGUUAUACGUGCAAAUGGAACUCAAGCCAUCAAUCAAAAGUGUACUUUUGAAGAUGCUACUGGAACAUCUGAUUCAGAAGCCAACACAGCUAUCGCCUUGGCCACAAUGGGAUGUGUGAUCACCAUCUUGUCGCUCCCCUUGAUUCUGUUGCUCAUAUACAAACAAAGGAAGGAGACGGUCAGCAGAAGAGCCCACGAGCUUGUCCGAUUGGACAGUGAGGCUGUAGGAGUGGAGAAUCCAGUAUUUGAGGAAAUCCCAGUGCAAAAUUCAGAAGUGAAACCAAAAGUACCAACUAUCAGCCGAAUUCAGUCUGAAUCCGAUCGGCACCUUCUCUCUGAGCCCAACACCCCAAUUUCUCCGGACCCUAUGCAGCGAUUCUUCCCGGUACUGGAACUAGUACCAGACUCUCCAAAGUGAUGCCGGCUUAUGGCUUGGAGCAGAUAAAGUGGUGGCAUGAAUUGUCAUACCAUUGCAAAGGGCUACACAAAUAAUGACAUAUUUUCCAUUCAGAACUGGCAGUAAUAGACAGCAAUCAAGCUAAGCUGGAAAGUCAGGACCAAAGCUCUUCGUCCAAUUCAAGUUCCAACAGCGAUACGAAUGAAGGAUUACGUAGCGGCACAUUAUCUUUUACUAACAGGAAGUUAACGUCUAUAUUUGUGGUAAUGAAUGACAUGAUAAUCAAUUAUUAGUACAUUGAGACACUCAAAGUUUAUUGGUGUACGCGAGAUAAUGUGGUUACAGAAUUUGGCUCAUAAGUGAACGCUGAUUAAUGCAUUUGCCUCUGCAUGGAAUAUCUGUGUGUGUUUUCCUUCAGCCAUUGUUCCUCUCCUUUCUUGCUGACCAAUGGCACCCAGCCACUGGUGUAAAGUUGUCUAACUUUCAGCCUCCAGAGGGACUCUCGAAACCCUGAGUUCAGUCAAAGGCUGUAGCUUUGAUUCCCAAGGUCUGUGUGCAAACAGCAAAGCUCACUGCUUGAGCAGUGUUGCAUCAGUCAUAUGAAGAAAAAAAAACACCUUAAAAAAGACACCUUUGUUUAGGCUCAACUUAUGUUGUUCAUUUUUUGUGCCUUGUGGCGCAUCUGGUGGCAUUUUUUUUUGCCGUAUAUUAGCAUUUGUCUGUUUUUUUUAUGAGGCCGAGUUGCUAGCUCGAUGCUCAACCCCGCACAGAUAGAAAAUGUGCAAGAGGCCAGCUGGAUUCAAACCCGGGACCAUUCACCUUGAAGUCCGGUGCUGACGCCACUACACCACCAGCUGGCUAGUCAUAACUGUAGCUCCAGGAAAUGUUAUGUUUUCCUCUGUUGAUUUUUGUAUUCAUGUGCAGCUGAGGAAGCUGCUGCCUCAGUAACUCAGAUUCCGUCCUGACCUCCAUGCUGUCCAUCUGGAGCUUUCAGGUUCUCCAUUACCAAGUGGAUUUUCCCGGGUGCUUCAGUUUCUAAAAAUUAGUGGGACAGAAGGCUAAUUGUAAAUUGUCCCUAGUGUGUAGUGGGUGGUAGGAUCAGUGGAAGCUGAAGGGAAUAUAGAGAGCAUAAAUAAUUGGAUUUGGCAUAAGUUGGUGUUGAUGGUCAGCAGAGAUUUGGUGGGCCAAAUGGUCCAUGUUAUAUUCUCCAUUUUCUCCAGACACAUGGAAUGGUAUUGAGUAGGGAAGGAAAGAGAUUGGAGACUUGGAAGCAACACAAGAAAAACCUCAUCUAUUUCUACAGCUGGUGGGGAUUGCAGGAUUUACACUCAAGACCCAGUGUCAGUAAGAGUGCUAGCUUCUCAAUAGCAACAUAGCUGCCUCACAGAUGAAGAACUGUAAAUGGAGCAAAUUACUGUAACUGCAUGGAAUCCAAAACAAAAAAUGCAGGAAGCUCCUCAGUGGGUUGAGCAGCAUUAAUGGGAAGAGAAACAAAAUCAACAUUCAAGGUCAAAAUCUCUUCUUCAGAGUCUGAAAAGGGAAAAGCUGUCACAUUUUAAGUUAUAAACACAAAAGAUUCUGCGGAUGCUGGAAAUCCUCAGAUUAACAUGCACAAAAUGCUGAAAUGCAGCGGGUCAGGCAGCAUCUAUGAACAGGAAUAAACAGUCAACUUUUGUUCUUGGGCCAAAACAUUGACUGUUUAUUCCUUCCCACAGACACCGUCUAACCUGCUGAGUUCCUCCAGCAUUUUGUGCGUGUUACAUGUUUGAAGUAGCAGAAAAGGGGAGGAGUACACAGGAACUGUCUGUGAUGGGGUACAGAACCAAGUUGUCAGUUACUUUGAAGAAAAGAUGAGAGUGGGAGUGAAAAAGAUCAAACAGAUUCCAAUAGAAAAGCACAAGCAUAUCUGUUGCAGAGACAAAUAUGGGUCAUUACUUGCAAUUGUCAGUCCAAUUCUGUCUCCCAUUCCUACAAUGAUUUCUCUUUCUAUUCUCUUCUAUAUUGCUCCAACAAUUCCCAAAGUAAGCUUGAAGAAUGGCACCUCGUCCUCUAUAUAGGUAUUCAUCACUCUUGGGACUUAAUACUGAAUUUAUCAGGUUACCAAAUGCCUUUUGUUUCUCUCCACAGAUAUGGUUUUAACUUUGUUUCAGUUUCAACUCUGUCUUUCACUGCCAAUUUUUAAAACUAUUGCAACCUUGACAACUUAUCACAGACUUUAUAUCUGUUCUCUCCAGCUCUCUUCCUUUCUACCCAGCAAAGCAACAUAGAGUAGCCUUGUUUUCUUACCUUUCCAGCUCUGAUCAUGGGUCUCUGACCUGAAACAUUAACUGUUUCUGUCCUUGUGGAUGCUGCCUGAUCUACUGUGUGCUUCCAGAUUUGAGUUUUUUCUAGUGACAUACCAUAAACCUUGAUAAGAUAGUACUGUAUUUUCAAUGCAAUGCAGGCCUCAAUUGAUUGUGCCAUUCUUUGGAGUUAAGGUGGCUAGGGCAAACAAAUCACUUUCAAAAGCAUUCUCAAGUAAAUGUGAUGCAAUCUCUACUUGUCAUGGGCAUGUUAGUACAGCAGUUAAGCUGCUAGACAUGCACCACGAGUCUUGGGCUAAUGACCCAGUGAUGUGAGUUCAUAUCUGACCAAAGUAGCUAGGAAUGCAAAUUUACCUAAUUAAAUAAAUAUGCCAUUUACAUAAAAGCUCAUGGGGGGUGGAAUGUUUCGUUGGUCAAUAACAUUUAAUUUCUAUCUGAUGUGCAUUUGGUCCCAUUGAAUUUGAGAGCAGCAAAUGGGUGAAGUUUAAUAUAGAUAGUUGUUUACAUUUGCCCAUGCGUCCAGUACUGGUAAAUAAAGGUGAAUAUCCGUCCACCUUUCUCUGUUGACAAGUCAAAGUCAUUAUGAACAGCAGGGCAAAACUGAUUGCCUAAUGCAAGAUCUCCAUUGGUACAUUUCAACAGUAGAUAACUGCGCUGUUGACUGACAGGAAGGGUAGAUUAGAUUUAUUUAUCAUAUACUGAACCAUACAGUGAAAUGCAUUGUUUGCAUUAUCAGCCAACACAGCUGAAGGAAGUGAAGGGGGCACCCUGUACCCACAGGUGUCACCACACAUUACAGAACAACACGCAAAUAAUACACAAAGAAUAACAACAAUAAAACAGGCCCCUUUUCCACCCUCUCAUCCACACAAGCCCUAGGGCAUCCAACCUCCACAUUGUAAUAGUCAUUCAAGUCUGCUGCCCACUGCUCCUGUGCUUCAAUCAUUUCCUCCCACUGCUGGCUGACCCUCACUCUGCCAGCCAUGACUCACUUCUAAAGACCCAUCAAGAUCACUGCAGGAGUGCUGCACCAUCAGCAGUGAAUGGAAAGGAUCCCACAGCACUACUUCAAAGACCAUGAGGCAAGCCAUCCCCAGAAUCUUUCUCAACAUUAAGUUCUGACUUUUAACACAGGCCCAUCUGUAAAAAUGAAGCACAUCUACUCACAAGAGAUUCUGCAGGUAAUGGAAACGUUGGGUAACACACACACACACACACACACACAAAUGCUUGAGGAACUCAGCAGGUCAGGCAGCAUCUAUGGAGGAGAAUAAAUUGUUGACGCUUCAGGCCAAGACCCUUCAUCGGAACUGGAGAGGGAAGGGGGAAGAAGUCAGAAUAAGAAGGUGGGAGGGGGAAUGGAAGGAGUGCAAGCUUAGCAGAGGCAUGUUCCCAGGAAGCUACAUUUAGCAUCGCGUUAAAAAGAAAAAAAAGGCAGACACCAAAUGGAUAGUCACCCAUUAAUAUGACCCCCAGGAUACAGGCCAUUCAAGAUGGAGUAACCUAAAGGGGGGAUAUGGAAGGGGCUAUAGAAAUGUAAGCCAUUACUUUUUUCAAGAUGAUGUCCAAACAGCAUGAACAUAUGCAGCAACUUUAAUGCAGUUAACUGUUCUGAGGCACUAUACCAGGAGGUUCAGAGAUCAGGGAUGUUGUUGUUAUUACUGACCUAUAGCUGACCCCUCAGGGUGCUGGGCAGUUCACUUCAAAGCCAACAAGUGCAUAACAUGCUGGUGGGACAGGAAGGACAAGAAGGUGAGAAGAAUGGGCUGGGUGUUGAGGUGUGUGUGUGGGGGGGGGGUAGGGGGAGGGAACAGGAAGUGGUUCCCAAGCUACUGCAAGCAUUGUACAUAAUGAGGUGCUGCAGGUGCUUGCAGUAGCUGGGCACCACUUCCUAUUGCCAGAUUGCACCUGUCUCAUUGAGGUGAGUGCAUUAAGCUCAGCUACCUAGUGAGACAAAGGAAGUAAUGAAAAUUAUUACACACUUCCAUUAAGUAGAACACAGAACCGCACAAUGCAAAUUCAAGUCAUUUGGCCCACAAUGUCUGAAAGGAACAUGAUACGAAAUUAAAUAAAACCUCUUCUGCCUGUAUAUUUCUCUCUAUUCCCUUAAUUUUCAUGCACCUAUCUAAAAGUCUUUUAAACACCUUUACCAUACUGACUUCCACUGCUACCCUGGCAGCCUGUUCCAGGCAUUUACCACUCUGUACAAAAACUUGUCUUGUAUGUCUCCUUUAAAUUUUCCUUCUCCCACCUUAAAAACGUAUCCUCUAGUACCCUGGGAAAAAAGUCUCCUUAUCUAAAUAUCUCAAAUAUAAAUGUUUAAAAUGCACAAACAAGAGAAAAUCUGCAGAUGCUGGAAAUCCAAGCAACACAGACAAAAUGCUGGAGGAAUUCAGCAAGUCAGGCAGCACCUACAGAAAAAUGUACACAGUCCUGCUGAAGGAUUUUGGCCCGAAACGUCGACUGUACUUUUUUUCCAUAGAUGCUGCCUGGCCUGCUGAGUUCCUCCAGCAUUUUGAGUGUGCUGCUUGUUUAAAAUGCAGACUCAUCGGUAUCUGCAAGGAGAUUAAUGAGGGUGCUUCCAACUUUGUAGAAUUUCAGGUAAGAGGAAUGGGAGGUUAUUUUCUCUGAAACAGAAAACCAUGGAGGAAAAUUUAAAAGAUGUGGCACAUUUCCUUCAACAGUGAGAUUAAUACCUUGAGGCAUGGUUUAAGGUAAUCAGUAAAAUAAUUAGAAAAGAGCUGAAGACAGACUUCUUUUUGUCUUAAAUGUAGUGGGGGACUGAAACUUGGUGCCUGAAACCCUCAUCGAAUGGAUCAGUUGUAACCACAGGACCACAUAAACACAAAGAGUAUGGACACCAUGGACUUGGUGUCUUCUCUAUGUGUUGCUGGAAGUGAGAAGACCAGGUAUUUAGAUGAGGGAUAAAUAAAAGCCAGCACAAUUCCUCAAGUAAUGCUUGAGACCAGGAAGACCAUUCUGAUUUCUAGCCUCAUCCUGAAAAUUUUUCUAUCUUUAUCUUUCGGUGCAAUCAAACCUGCUAUGCAUAUCUAGAAUUCUGUGCUCAUUAUGGCACAGUUCAUUAAGGCCGAUGGCGGUCAACCUUCAAAACAUGAUUGGAGCAGAACACAAAUACAAGAAAAUCUGCAGAUGCCGGAAAUCCAAAGCGAUGCACACACAAAAUGGUGGAGGAACUCAGCACGCCAGGCAACAUCUAUGGAAAAGAGUAAACAACAGAUGUUUCGGGCCAAGACCCUUCUUCAGGACAGAGAGGGAAGGGGGGAGAUGCCUGAAUAAAAAGGUGGGGAAAGGGGAAGGAGGACAAGCUGGAAGGUAAUAGGUGAAGCCAGGUGGUUGGGAAAAGCCAAGGGCUGGAGAAGAAUGAAUCAGAUAUGAGAGGAGAGUGGACAACAGGAGAAAGGGAAGGGGAGGGGAAUCCCAGGGGGAUGUAAUAUGCAGGUGAGAAGAAGUAAAAGGUCAGAGUGGGAAAUAGAGGAAGGGGUGGGGGAGGGAAUUGCAUUCAACAGAAGGAGAAAUUGAUGAUCAGAGCAGUGUUGGUUUCUUUGCUAAUAUAGUUGGUGGAAAGUGUAAAAUCUACGGAGGCUCCCUUAAAGUAUUUUUGUGCAAGUUAUAUUGCACUUGAAAAUAAGCAUAAUUUUAGGCAUUUUAGUUAUUGAAGAAUAAGGAAGGAAUACUUAUAUCAUUGUCUUACACUUCCAUUUUCAAAUGUCCUAAAGUGCUCACAGCUACUGAAAAGCACUUUGAAAUGAGGUGACUUUUGUAAUGAAGCAAAUAUAAGAGCUAAUUUGUACACAGCAACAUCCCACUAAUAGUUGAUAGGACUCCUGCCUCCAAAUCACUCUUCAUUCAACGAACAACAGCAGAUCUGUAGAUGCUGGAAAUCAAAGCAACACUCACAAUGAGUUCUGAUGAAGGGCCUUGGCCCAAAAUGUCUUUUCUAUGGAUGCUGCCUGACCAGCUGUGUUCCUUCAGAAUUUUGUAUGUGUUGCACCAUUCAUCCAAAAUCUCUGUUCAAAGAUUCCCACUGGCAUUCCCACUCUGGUAUUGUCUUUUGCAUGCAAUGUUCAAAUGCAGCUUUGCCUUCCUUUUCAGGAUGCAUUACUUGAGGAAUUGUACCGGCCUACAUUUAUCCCUCAUCUAAAACCUGUGCAGUCAUUUCUUUGUAGCUGUUUACAGGAGGACAAGUUACUUCUUGUACUUUUGACUUAAACAGUACUUCAUACAUACUUUAUGAAGUGGUUUCGAAAAUUCCAUAAAAUAAUGCAAAUUUUACUCUCGAUGUUUAAAUGCCCCAUAGUAACUCCUCUGGGAACAAUUCUCAUGGUUGCCUAGGCAGCAUUCCUCUUUCAACUACCAUGUACAUUGACUUUCCAUGGAAGUAUUUGAUGGGAGAUGGAAAUGGUUUGCCUUAUUGUUGACAUAUGCUGUUCCAUUCAAAUAUUUGUAUAUAAGUAAAAGGCAUUGUAUAUACUAUAACUGCAAGCUCAUCUAUCCAAGAGUCAUAUCAACUUGUGUAAUUGUUCUAGGCUAUGUGUUAUUCAAAGCCAUGAUCCAAUGGGAAUCUAUGUCACAUGGAUAUCCUUGUUGCUAAGAUGAUAAACUUUCACAGAGAUAUAGUGGGAGGAGUAUUAUAGGACUAUAGGAGGGAGACUCAAUAGGACAAAUAUUUUAAAAUUCACCCCAUCCCUUUUGUGCAAUGACAUUUUUUUUCAUUUCAAUUAGUAUUAUUUUCUUCUGAAAACUGUCAAAUGUUGUCAUCGACACGUUGCAGGCACUUUGGAGGAAGUUAAAUUUGACCGCUAUUGUUCUCGAUAGAUUAUUAUGCACAGAUACAUAAACUUAAUGAUUAUUUGGGGGGGGGGGGGAGAGAUACAUCAUCUUGCUGCCACACUUUCUGUGCAUGCUUGGUGUUCAGGUAGGGAAAUAUGACCCAAAAAUAAAAGGCAACUUAAGAUGGUUGACAAAAUGUGUAGUUACCAGAUCCUAGUUCAGUAAUUCUUCUUCAACUGAGUACUCUGCCUCAUCCCCCUCAGUGUACAAUUACAAAUAUCAAAUGCCCUUGGACACAACACAUGGAUGAUAUUUUUAUGUAACAAAAUUUACAAUGUAUGCUUUAACAGUGUGGAUUAAUUAUUCAAAAUAUAUGUAAAUUACUUCAGACUUUUUUCUCAUUACUUUUCAAAAGUUUAAAGUUGUAACAUUUUAUAUCAAAAUUAGCUUCAAAGGAAUUGAAAAAAAUUAACAAAUAAAAAUACCUGUUCUACUCUCAUAGAAAUGCUUAACUUUGUUCUU